AUGGCAUUGGCCGUUGCCAUAUUUUCCAAGGAGGUAAGUGCUUUUAUCUAGUAUAAAAUAUUUUUAGAAAAGUUUGAUAUUCUUUCAAUGCUCGCCGGAACGGAUCAAUGAGGAGACUCCUUUGCAAAUGAUGGCUUAUUCGUCGUUGGAUGUUCUCGAUGAGCGAGAGAAAGUCCCAUCGAAUCGUCCGCAAGAACUUUUCCAAGGAUGUUUACUUUCCAACAACUCUUACAAGGUAAAUAUUGCACUUCGAAGUUGAUUAAUCUAGCCUUUAGACCUUCGGCUACCUAACAAACACCUUGGUGAAGGUCUUUCUUAUCUUUGCUGCAGAUUCAACGAUUAGAGAUCAAGACAUUCGGGCAGUAAGUUGUAAUACCCGUUACUUUAAGUUUUGAAUUUUUAGUACUUCAAACAACUUCAUAAUCAGUACUCCGAUGAGGUCGCGAAUCCAUUCUAUGUUCCAAAUACAGUAAUUAGGACGACAAGGUUCAGGAAAUUUGUGAAUUCUAUUUUUGCUUAGAUUAUGGGUAAUGUAAUAUAAAUAAUUUAUUAAUCCUUUGUGUUGAUGACAUUCAGUUGUGAUUUUCAUGAUAUUUCUGGUACAGUUCUGUUGAUAUUAGAGCAGUUUCUUACAUUAUUGUAGAUAUCUUUGAUGGGAGGUGUAGUGAAAUUGGCCGAUGUCAGCGAUUUUAUCACUCCUAGUCAGGUAAGUUAAUAUCGCUUUUUUGACCCGUCUCUUAUGCGUUUAGGCAUGCAUUCUACCCAUGCCGGGUCAGUCUGACAAGCCCAAGUCCAGUCUAGUAAAGCUCCGAGAGAAAUCGAAGAAGCCUAUAGUAAAACCUGAUGAGAAAAUUAUGGUGACCCUAAAGGAUUGCCUGGCCUGCAGUGGAUGUGUAACGACCGCAGAGACUGUGCUGAUUCAAUCCCAAACAGCUGAAGAAAUGCUCUCUGGAUUGGCUUCGGAUAAAAUGGGGUUUGUUACAGUAUCCCCGCAGGCCUUGGCUUCAUUGGCAGCCGAACUGGAUAUGAGUAUCUCGGAUAUGGCUGUGAUGGUUGCCCGAUAUUUCAAGGUAAAAGGAGCGAGUUAUGUAAUAGAUUCAUCGUUCGGCCGAUAUUUUUCGUUGAUGGAAUCGUUAACGGAGCUUAAAUCAAGGUUAGAAAGUCGAAACGGAAAGGAAAUGUUGAUAAGUGGGAUCUGUCCAGGUAAUUUAUAUGGCUUUAACAUUGUUUUUGGCAGCUUUUUGAUGUUAUUUUUAUAUUUUUUGAACUUGAUGUCUAGUGUAAUACAAUUUUAAAUCAGAAACGGUGAAAAUAUUUUCAGGAUUUGUUUGCUACGCCGAGAAACGAAAGCAGAAUGAUGUAGUCCCUAUGAUCUCUUCAAUACGAUCGCCUCAAGCCAUUACAGGCGCGUUAAUUAAGGAUUUUUUGGUCAGAAAAAUGAAUCUUGAUCCUCGCAGUGUAUACCAUGUAGCCUUGAUGCCAUGCUAUGAUAAGAAACUUGAGGCUUCGAGGGCUGAUUUUUCGGUAAAUGGAGUGGAUGUUCAAGAAACUGAUUGUGUUGUCACUCCUUGUAAGUUUCUAUAUUUGAUGGCAUGUAUAGCAUAAGUUUUUGUGGUUUUCUGCGAUGACAUUUUAUGUAAUGUUAAGAAAAGAAACAGCAAUUUAAUUUCAGCCGAAUUGCUUCCAUUGUUGAAGGAAUUUGAGCAUGACGGAGGCUUGAUGACCUCAGGAAACGAGAUUAAUUGGCUGAACUCUCUGGAAUUUGGUGAAGUUAUUGGUGAUUACGAAGGAGAAACGUCGGGAGGAUACACGAAAUUUAUUUUAGAUGCGUUGACAAGGACGUUUAAGGAGAAUAGUCAAUUGGUUGAUGUCAAAACAGAAAGGUAGGAGCAAUAUAUUAUCCAUGAUGACUUAGGUCAAAAUUUGAUGAAAAUUUUUUCCCAGAUGAGUGAUAUGGAACUAAAUGGAUUUCUGAGGGAGUUUUAUGGCGUUUUCUCUGAUUUCAUAGUGUUUGAACUUUUUGGAUAUCAUUUACCAACACAGUUUCUAAAAUGACAAAAUUGUUGUUCAUGUCAAAUUAAAUCCCCCGCAAUUUCAGCCAAAACGAUCUUGAGCGCUUCACAUUAAACUUGACGAACGGCCAGUCCCUGACUCUGCUCAAAGCAUACGGGUUUCGGAACAUCCAGAAUCUGGUUCGUCGUAUCCAACAGCGAAAAAAUGAAGUCGAUUACGUCGAAGUAAUGGCCUGUCCGAAGGGUGAGUCAACUAAUGGGAUUGUGAUUUUUGGACUUUAUUUUGUAAAUAUGGGCUUGAGGUUUACCGAGGAAUAAAAGUUAGCCCGUUAAAUGAGUGAAAAUUUAAUUUUAGUAAGAAAAUGGCUACUACAAUAUAAAGAAAUUUUAGGCUGUCUAAAUGGAGGCGGGCAGAUCCGGAACCCUGAACCAGCACUCCAAGAUCAGCGAGUUUUGAAGGUCAAAGAAGUUUAUAAACAAGCGACAAGACGAGAUCUUCUGGAGUCAGAAUAUCUUCAAGUCCGAGAAGAAUGGGAGAGCCUGAAUCCAUCCUUCAGAGAUCUCCUAGUUGCCAAAAUCAAACAUGUAGAGGGUCCGGCUGCAAAUACUGUAGCGGCCAUGGCGUGGUGA